CACUUCCUACAACACGCACAAAACGCCUACGUCACUACAAGUGUUGGUGUUUACCGUGAAGAAGGACAUAUUCAUCCACCUGUCCGACGACAUACGGCCUUGGUCUGGUUGCAGGUAGGGUUUACCUUCCAAGACAUCGUCAAGCUCUACUGAAUACAGUUCUACUUUCCAAGAAAUACCAGACAUACCAAGAGGGCGCUGUGAAACCAAUCAUGUGCUGCUGCCGGCUCCAAUCCUGCUGUUGUUGCGCACUUCGUGAAGGGUCACUCGCUGUUGGGAUCAUCGAUUUGAUCCUAUCAGCGAUAGGGAUUGGCUUGCAAGUGUGGUCAAUUGUGUCUACUGGCAGUGGAGUCAUUAACCCCUAUGUGUUCGGCAACAUCGGUGUCUAUGGCAUCUCCAUUGUAUUCUCCAUCAUACUCAUCUUCGGCGCUUUGAAGAACAACGCCUGCUCGUGCCUUGCUUGGGUCAUCUGGUCAAGCAUCUGUUUGGCACUGGACAUCGCCUUGUUGGUGUGGAUCUGUGUGGGCACGUUCGUUCUUGUUGGCCUCACAGCAGGGUCUGGCUUAGGGGCCGUCAUUGCCAUCGGUCUUAUCCCUGUAUACAUCACCAUCGCCAUCCUCGUUGUGCUUGUCAUUUUCUUGAUCUACGGCAUUAUGGUCGUCAACUCUUUCCGUCAAGAACUUAACGAGGCUGCGGCUGGCUACCCCGCGUCUUACCCGAUGCAAGCCGUGUGAAGAGGAAAGGUCCCGACUUCCUUAUGAUUUUUGUCGGCCAAUUGGCAGAAUGAAGGAAGACGAGUGUGAUCUUUUUCAGUCUCUCUCAUUACCAAUAACAAAUGCAUGCAACUUGGUAUAAUCCAGCAAUCAAUCGGUUUACAAAUAAUCGUGCUUUACAAGUCCUAACAAAGGGUGUAUGAUUUAUAAAGGUGCCCUUACUUCCAUGUCUUAACAUGUAGAAAGUCACAUGCUCGCGUCCUUAAGCCCCCUUUACAAAUCAAGAAUUUAGUUCGGCCGAGUUGUCAGCGAUCGAGCUCUAAAUUACGAGGAGGCAUGACCCUGAUGCCUACGAACAAAUGGCAGAGUUUCUUCGUCGGCAUCAGGGUCAUACCUUAUCGUAGUUUAGAGCUCGCUGACAACUCGGCCGAGCUAAAUUCUUGAUUUGUAAAGGGGGCUUUACGAAUAAUCUCUUAACAAGAGACGUAUUAUCUUACUUAUGUGUCGUAUAUUACUAGUGGUUCACUAGUUAAACGCUACGUCAGUAUACGAUAUAGAUGGGUCUAUCCAACAUUCACGGAAGGUGAGGAAAAUUCCAAUUUGCACGUGUUAAGUGAGUUUGAUAACUUGUGCGGUAUUGACCUGUUGUGAUCUGUCUGUUACACAUGACCCUAAAACUGUGCACCGUUGAAAAGAUGCGUUUGCUACAAACUAUAAGCCUUGAAUAUGUGCUAUGAAAGUCAUACUAUCAUUCAAUGUUCUUUAGUUAGUUUUUUUGCAAGCAUUAUGCUCGUCACUAGCACUUAACUUUCAAUUUGGUUCUAGAUAUCGGUUUUUGCAUUCAGUAUUGAAAUUCGGAUAAUCGAUGAUGAUGAUGCAAAUCUCUUACUUCAACUGCUCGGUGGCAAAUGCACGAAUAAACACAUUAACAAAAAA